AUGAUAUCAGCAGUAUUUUGGAAGGUUAGGAGUCUAGACUCACCAGGAUCUCUGGUCACCUGCUCUACAAUUUUGCGGCUUUCUUUUACCGCUAAAUUUUGGUUAGCUGUUCUAUGUAACAUGUCAAGUCGGUCAAGGAGAUUUCCUGAAUCACGAGUUAAACAUCUCAUAACUUUAUACUUUAAUCAGCUUAUACAUGGAUGUCGUAAUGUAGACUGUCAGAAUCAAAAUUGUGCAUCGUCUGUUCGGUUUGCUCAUCCAGGUAUUACACCGAAUCAAGCUGCUGCACUAGCCAUAGAAUUAACAAUCAAUCGUGCUGAUCUUUGUCUACCUGCUAAUUCAUCAAGUGUUUCAUCCACUGGAAUGAAUAACUCACAACCGCCUACAGGUCAAGAAGAUGGUAACACUGAAGACUCAAAUGGUGAAAGUAUGAUGGAUACUAAUGAACCUUCUCAAGGUGUUUGUAAUGCUCAAACAUCCACGGAUGAUGGAUCACCAUCAAAUCAUCUUGUCGCCAGUUCAGGUGCAUCGACAACAGGUCCUGAAGAAACAGAGGAUUCAUUCCCACCUUUAAUGACACCUGCAGAAGUUACACGAUUAAUCAUGUUUUUAUUUGAUGCUUCAGAAAAUGAUGAUUUAAACUCCUCUCAGUUAAAUGAACCAACUUCUGGAAUUAUAACAGAUGAAUAUUCGGCUGAUCAUGACAAUACAUUGAGUUCAGCUUUCCGUGGUCGUAAUCCUCUCUUUAGCUCACCUAGAGCAUCCAGUUCUGAUUCAGAUGCUUUAAAGUCGAUUAAACAAUCAGCAAAUCAAACUAGUCCAACAGUGUCUACAUCAAACACCCCAUUGGAACGUGAAUCUCGUAAAGCUGGUUUAUCCUUGAAUGAAUUACAAAGAGCAGUAGAUAUGGGAAAGAAAAACGGGGAUUGGUCUUGUCUUAUCAUUUUAUUGAAUUCUGUUUUCAGUUCAUAUGAAGCCUUGUCUAGAAGUUUCUUAGAUUCUGAUCCGGAUUUUGAUACAAAGUAUACCAAUUAUACAAAGACAACUGAUGCGUCAUCUAAUGCUUCAUUAUGUAUUACUAGUGCUAAAAAGCUGAAACAUGACAAUGAUGGCGGUAUUAUUCAACAGUGUAGUGUGGAUGAUAAUACUACCACUGCUAACAAUAAUAAUGACGGCUUAACUGAUCACAUUACAAAAUCUACAGGUGAUACAAGUGUAGAGCCUACUGUAAAUCGUUGUACAAGCGAUCCAGUCCCUAUGGAACAAGACACUGAUCAACUAACGGAUAUGUCAAAUUCGCUUAAACCUAUUACAAAUAAAUCAACAAAUAAUAGAUAUUGGCCAUCUGUUAAUCUAUAUGAUUUACGUCAAGCAUGGUCACUGAUUGUAUCACUACGUGAACGUCAAAAUAUUGUUGAUACACUGAUGAGAGCUGUACGCCGUCUGGUGGUAAUCAAUUUGCAUCAACUGUUAGUUAUACAACCACCUGAUGGUUUAGAUGAUGCUCAUCCUACGUGUGAUGAAAUAGCUAUUGAACAACAAAAAUUAGUCAAUCUAUUCAUUAUUCUAUAUGAAUGUCCAUUUGCAACAGAUCCUUUACACUUUGAGCUUUUAUUGCUGAAUAUUAAUCGUGCUGUUACAUGGCUACCAAAUACCAUACAAGUUAUGCUAUGCAGAGCAUGGGCCAACUCAGUGCAUAUCCCAUUGGCCAAUUGUACAGAAUCACCGAAUCCAGAACAAACAAAUCUUUGGUGUUUGCAAAAAAUUCUACUGCAUCAUAUCACUUUACGUUGUUUAACCACAGAUCAUGUUCUACCGAAUGAAGAUAAACAAAUCUGUGAAGCUGCACUUGUCUUACGCAUUGUCUAUUAUGCUAGCCUACUGGCGGGUCAAAUGGAUUCACCAGAAUUAUUAGAAAAAGAAGCAGAAGAGAAUAAGAAUUUUGAAGCUCAAAUGCGUGCGCAUGUAGGACCUACUUAUGAAAGACGUUCAAGAACAAAUUUACCUGAAGAUCCAUUUGCCAAGGCAUUGAAUAUAUCGCCUAAUGAUUGUCGAAAACCAUUUAUCCCUUCUAAAGAUUUUGUAAAUGAAACACUUAACGAUGGACUACAGCCUAAAAAGAUUAUAUCUACUAUCGUUCAAAAGGUAUAUCAAAUGAAUUAA